GGGAAUAGCAGGGUAUGGGUUCAGGGGAAGAAUGGAGACUCAGACGAUGAGUCCACUGGGCCUACGUGACGGGUUGUGGGGCGGUGUUGUCAGGAGGCAAAGAGAGACAUAGAUCUGAAGGUCACAGGAACGGUCCAGAGUGUGGGAGACCAGAGACCAUCAGUGUAAUCUUGGAUUUUGGUUCCUUUUUACCACUUAACAGCAGAGUUGAGAAGGGGCUGGAGCUGGGUUCUGGGAGAGAAGUGACGGGGCACGGGUGGCGUCCCGCCGGUGUCAGAGACGACUUCCGGCUCACCUCUGACUCGGUUUCCCCCACAGAUGGCUUUUCCCUGCCGCAGGUCCCUGACUCCCAAGACUCUGGCCUGCCUCCUGGUGGGCGUGAGUUUCUUGGCACUGCAGCAGUGGUUCCUCCAGGCUCCAAGGUCCCCGCGGGAGGAGAGGUCCCUGCUGGAGGAGAGGUCCCAGCAGGAGGAGACGCCAGAGGGUCCCACCGACGCUCCCUUGGCGCUCACCCCCGGGCCCCCGUGCGUGGCCAAUGCCUCGGCGAACGCCACGGCCAACUUCGAGCAGCUGCCCGCGCGCAUCCAGGACUUCCUGCGGUACCGCCACUGUCGCCACUUCCCGCUGCUUUGGGACGCACCGGCCAAGUGCGCCAGCCGCCGCGGUGUCUUUCUGCUACUGGCCGUGAAGUCGGCGCCUGCGCACUACGAGCGACGCGAGCUCAUCCGGCGCACUUGGGGGCAGGAGCGCAGCUACGGCGAGUGGCCAGUGCGCCGCCUCUUCCUACUGGGUACCCCCGGUCCCGAGGACGAAGCGCGCGCCGAGCGGCUGGCGGAGCUGGUGGCGCUGGAGGCGCGCGAGCACGGCGACGUGCUGCAGUGGUCCUUCGCGGACACCUUCCUCAACCUCACGCUCAAGCACCUGCACCUGCUCGACUGGCUGGCUGCGCGCUGUCCGCACGCGCGCUUCCUGCUCAGUGGCGACGACGACGUGUUCGUGCACACCGCCAACGUAGUCCGCUUCCUGCAGGCGCAGCCACCGGGCCGCCACCUGUUCACCGGCCAGCUCAUGGAGGGCUCCGUGCCCAUCCGCGACAGCUGGAGCAAGUACUUCGUGCCCCCGCAGCUCUUCCCCGGGUCCGCUUACCCGGUAUACUGCAGCGGCGGCGGCUUCCUCCUGUCCAGCCUCACGGCCCGGGCCCUGCGCGCGGCCGCCCUCCACACCCCGCUCUUGCCCAUCGACGACGCCUACAUGGGCAUGUGUCUGGAGCGCGCCGGCCUGGCGCCCAGCGGCCACGAGGGCAUCCGGCCCUACGGCGUGCAGCUGCCUGGCGCGCAGCAGUCCUCCUUCGACCCCUGCAUGUACCGCGAGCUGCUGCUGGUACACCGCUUCGCGCCCUAUGAGAUGCUGCUCAUGUGGAAGGCGCUGCACAGCCCCACGCUCAGCUGUGACCGGGGACACCGGGUCUCCUGAGGCCGGGUGGACGGCUUCAGCCCCGGGCCUCCACCCAUGACGGUGUCCAUGCUGAGAAAGCAGCUUUCCCGCCCUGGGUACCGUACGUCCUGCCCAGCUCUGUGCACCUGAACCCCAGCUGCACACUGAAAUCAGCUGGGGUGGGGGGUGUGGAAAAUACCUACAUCCUGGCUCCAUCUCCCGAAGUUUCUAUUUGAUUAGUCUGGGGUGGCCCCAGACAUGUUAAGGAUUUUUAAAGUUCCUCCGGUGAUGUGAAUGUGCGGCUAGGCCUGAGGACCGCUCGGCUAGACUGUUCAUCCUCGAAAACCCAGCUCCACUGCCCUCUCUGCAAGCCUUCCCAGGCACCUCGUUCCCACACUCGGGUCCUCGUGAGCAGUGAAGCAAGGGAGACCUGGGAGCGUGGGAGCCAGGAUCAGCGUCCCCUGCCUUGUGCCUACAAAUGUCAGUUGCCAUUUCCACUGUUUCCCCUACAAGUGAGUGGAGCUGGGCUGACAGUGGUCAGGAGGAUCCCGCUUCCCCCUCCCGCCAGAAGUCAGCCAACAUGCAACUGAGGCGCAUGUGGCGGCCUUCCUCCCACUACUGCCCCAGUACACCGUGAGGUAGAAAUCCUCACCGUGCAAAGUGGAAACCAGAGGCCUGGUCAGACAGUGACUAAUCCAGGGCCAUGGCGUUCCCAGACAGCACACCAUUGUGGUCCCCUCCAGGAACUCACCCCAACCAAAGCUAAUGGCCUGGUUGGGUACUGCCCGCCAAUACUCACCCCCAUGGGUCAGAGACAGGCUCCUUGCCAGGGUCUGGAACUUAGGGUCAGUGGGCCUUGGACAACCCAGCAGGGAGUUCCACGGAGUCCGAAGUGGAGAAACGCUGAUGGGACCAUGGAGACCAUUGUUGGGGAAUCCGUGGAGGCAGGUGUGUAGAAUUGUGUUGGGGAGGUGGGGGAUGUAAGACUGAGGUGGACAGUGGUUAAGAGUGUGGGGCCAGGUGAGAAGGCUCACGCCUGUAAUCCUAGCACUUUGGGAGGCCAAGGCGGGCAGAUCAUGAGGUCAAGGGUUCGAGAGCAGCCUGGCCAAUAUGGUGAAACCCCGUCUCUACUAAGAAUACAAAAAUUAGCUGGCCGUAGUGGCUCAUGCCUGUAAUCUCAGCUAUUUGGGAGGCUGAGCCAGGAGAAUCGCUUGAACCUGGGAGGCAGAGGUUGCAGUGAGCCAAGAUCGUGCCACUGCACUCCAGCCUGGGCGACAGAGCAAGACUCCAUCUCAAAAAGAGAGAGAGUUUGCAGGGGUGAGUGGGAACUUGGUGCCUGGGACUCUGAGAACCAGGCUGUGGUCCUGACCUCCAGCAGCUGCCAGUCAUCUUGGCAACAUAGAAAAUCAAGGAACGGCCUAUGGGCAGGCAGAAGUGUGUCAGCAAUGUCCCAACUAUGUAAGAUGGACACAAGAGACUCACCUUGGGAGGAAAGAGCCUGGGCAGAAAGUCAGGAGACUGGCCAAAGGUCCUUCCCUGCCUUCAAGACAAAGACCAGACUCCUCAGUCCUGCAUUUCAGGCUCCUGCCACCCAGGUGCUACUCACUGUCCCCUCCCUCCCACUGUUGGCCUCCAUCCAGCUGUCAGUGCCUGCGCUUUGUCCAGCUCUCUCCUGCUUCUGCAUUUUGCACAAGCUCUGAACUGGUUACCAAAAUGUCCUCCAAUCACCACCAUCCUGAUGUCUCUUGCACCAGUUAGGAUGCCCAUAGGGGAAGCUGCCAGCUGCCCACCUGAGUCGGCUGCCCCCUUCCUCCUGGGCACUCACCUAGACUCCAUUUCCCAGCACCCUGUCCCCUGCAGUUAGAUGUGGCCCUGUGACUAGGCCCUCAUGGAUGGGGGGGAAUGGAUGAGGAGGAUCACUGUGGCACCUGGGCCUGACUAUGCGCUCUUCCUCCUUCCCAUUUGCUGGAACAUGGCUGGGCCUGGGACCCAGCUCUGACUUUGCAAGUGAGGACAACACUCCAGGCCCAAGUGGAAGUUUCUCAACUACUGACGUUUGGGGCAGGACAGUUCUUUGUUGUGGGGGGCAGUCCCGUGCAUUGUGAAACAUUCAGCAGCAUCCGUGUCCUCCACUCACUAGAUACCAGUGUCACAACCCGAGUCAUGACACCCAAAGUAUCUUCAGAUGUUGCCAAACGUACCCUGGUGGGCAAAUUCACCCUAGUAGAGAACCACUGGCCUAGAGGAAGGCAGAGAAACAAGAGGAUUCCUGAGUUCCUGAGAGCAGCCCGGGGACCAACCUGGAAUACUCAGUUAAGACUACUGAGGAAGACAAAAUAAAUUUUUAUGCUUUAAAAAAAAAUUAUGGACAUGACAAUAUAGACAAAAACGUUUAUGAUUUUUGAGCCUCUGAGAUUUGUCUACUCUGCUACAGCAGCCUUGCCCUGCUAGUAUUUUAGUCUGUUCAGGCUGCUGUAACAAAAAUACCAUAAACUGAGUGUCUUACAAGCAACAUCUCUGGAAGUUCUGGAGGCUGGGAAGUCUAAGGUCAAGGUCCCGGCAGGUUUGGUGUCUGGCAAGGGCCCAUCCCUCACUGCCUUCUUGCUGUGUCCCUGCAUGGUGGAAGGGGCAAGCGAGCUCCCACGGCCUCUUUUACAGCGGCCCAGAUUCACCUCGUCACCUUCAGGGCUAGGAUUUCAACGUAAGAAUUCCAGGGAAACAGCCCUGCGCGGUGGCUCAAGUCUGUAAUCCCAGCACUUUUGGGAGGCCAAGACGGGCGGAUCACGAGGUCAGGAGAUGGAGACCAUCCUGGCUAACACAGUGAAACCCCGUCUCUACUAAAAAAUACAAAAAAUUAGCCGGGCGAGGUGGCGGGCGCCUGUAGUCCCAGUUACUCAGAAGGCUGGGGCAGGAGAAUGGUGUGAACCCGAGAGGCGGAGCUUGCAGUGAGCCGAGAUCCGGCCACUGCACUCCAGCCUGGGCGACAGAGCGAGACUCCGUCUCAAAAAAAAAAAAAAAAAAGAAUUCCGGGGAAACAUAAACAUUCCAUUCCGACCAUAGCACUUAAGUCACCUGCUGUGUCCUGUUUCAUCCCUUGUUUCUCACCAAGUAGACUGGCUACUCCCACAGGGAGAGACCAUGUCUGAUUUACAUCAGUGCUGUCACAGAUUCACGCAGAGGGAACCCGUGGCAAGUCCAAUCACUCGCACUCCGGAAACUUGAGCAUGUCGUCUCACCUCUCUGAGCCGCUCUUUCUGCUGUGAUUUGGCUCUGUUUCCCCACCCAGGUCUCAUCUUGAAUUGUAAUUCCCACAUGUCAGGGGACGGACACGUAGGAUUGGACAGGCAGGAGGUGACUGGAUCAUGGGGCCGGUUUCCCCCACGUUCUUGUCGUGAUAGUGAGUUCUCACGAGAGGUGAUGGUUUUAAAGCGCGGCACUUCCUUGUUCUCGCACACACUCCCUCCUGCUGCCUGUGAAGGUGCCUGCUUUCCCUUUGCCUUCUGUCAUGCUUGUUUCCUGAGGCCUCCUGGCCAUGCUUCCUGUUAAACCUGAAGAACUGUGAAUCAAAUAAACCUCUUUCCUUUAUAAUUA